GCCGCGGCACCAGGGGGCAGCAGAGACGCGGCGGCAACGGCAGCGGAUGAAAGACGUAAAGUCGGCGUCCGUUUUACGACCGGCCGGAAAGCGAGGCUGUGCUGUACUUGGUGAAGGACAGAAGCUAUGCCAUUCAUUGACAUCCAGGAAAAACUGGGCAUUGAUGUCGACAAAUGGAUGCUAGUCCAAAGUGGGAAACAGCCCUGGAAUCGGGCAGCUCGUUGCCAUGUAUUUGAAAAGGAGUGGAUUGAAUGUGCGCAUGGAAUUGGAAAGAUCAGAGCCAAAACGGAGUGUAAACUGGAGCUGGAGGAUUUCUAUGAAUGUCUCCACCGAGACAAAUUGUACAAACGGAUGUCUGACAUCAAAACACAAAGAGAAAAACUGGUAAAGGAAGGAAAAUACACCAUUCCAGACCACCACCUUGGCAAAGAUGAGCAGCGCCCGUAGGUAUUGCCCUCCUCGUCAUUACAUGGGGACAGCAUCAGAAGAUCCUCCCAACACUUCUACAAACUGGAACAUCAGUUAGUCUUUGCUAAAACUUAUCAAAUGACAGUGUACAACUAGCGUUUGUGGUUGAGCUGAGUUGUUUAGGGAUGGCUAUUCGUGGGCAGUAAUUGCGCAAUUUAUCAACAAAGAUAAUUAAAUCUAGUUAUGGUAUUGCUUGUUGCUUUUUUUUGUCAUCUGUGGUGAGCGAUUCUGUGAUUCCAGUCACUGUGCCAGUUCUGGCUCAGUUGAUAGCAUGCCCGCCAUUGUGAAACAGUCCUGAGUCAACUCAAGUGUAGAGAUUUGUGCACAAAAAACUAAACUGAUGUUUCAGUGCAGAACUGAAGACAUUCUGUGUUGUUGACAGUUCACUUCUGGGAGAAGCAUGAAACUAUGGGUGCUGGGUUCUCUUGGUAAUAGUUAAAUUAAGAUCAGCAGUCCCUGCUUAUCCACCUGACCCAACUGUUACUUGUAACCAUUAAUAAAACAUUUUGUGUGGACAUUA